AUGAAUGAAAACUGGAUAUUGCAGCUAUUCACUGAACCACAUUGGAAGCAGAAGCAGCCGCUAAGCACACAAAACAGCACAUUUUCUCGGCUUGCGUUUUUGGAGAAUGAACCUGUAGAGGACCAGAUUGGCGCCUCUAUCAAACGAAAGACCUACCAGAUGAUGUCCAGGUUGAAAUGGGCAAAGGAAAAAGAGUCAGUUUCACCGAUGUUUGCCAAACUGCGAGCGCAAGAGUUCUGA